UUAUGCCAUGAAGAAAGGUCUUAUUAAGGCUUAUGGAUUUUGUAAUUCAGGGAAACCAUCAAAAUCAUGGAGGCAAUUACUCGGACACGGAAUGCCAAAGUCAGGAAGGUUAGUGACAAAUGGAGCACUAAUGAAGGCAUAGAUAGAAUAAGCAAAUUACCUGACUCAAUUCUUCAGCACAUUCUAACAUUCCUUCCCACAAGAGAUGCUGUUGGAACAAGCAUAUUAUCGAAGAGAUGGGAACACCUAUGGAUGUCCAUUACCAGUUUUGUGUUUUGUAUGCCGUGUGAGUUGAUCUAUAAGAGGGACCUCUUCAUGAAUUUUGUGGAAAGAGUACUAAUGCUCCGUGACUCUUCAGACAUAAAGUAUUUUGCACUUGCAUGUGAUGUUCUGUGUGAUGCUUCUCGCAUCAAUACAUGGAUAUUGUAUGCACUACAACACAAUGUUCGAAAGUUAUUUCUUGCCCUUUGUGGACUCCUAGAUGCACACACGUUUCCUCCUUGUUUAUUUAAUUGUGAUUCACUGGAAGACUUAACUCUAGAGAUGAGCCGUUCGACUCAAAAGAUGGGCCGUGUGCUCAAGCUUCCCCAUUCUGUAUGUUUUUCAAGUCUCAAGAGCUUGUAUCUUAAGUAUGUUACGUUUGAAGGGGACUAUUCAACAAAACGGCUCUUUUCAGGUUGCCCAGUCCUGGAGAAUCUGACUUUAGCUCUUUGCAAGUGGGAGAAUGUGGAAGCUGUCUGUAUAUCUGCUCCCAUGCUUCGAAACUUGACCAUUUAUGAAACAGAAAAUCGAGACAAUUGUCAAAAAUUGAUUUUUGGAACGAGUCUUCAAAGCUUCGUUUACAUUGGUGGACUCUUAAGUGAUUAUUGUUUUUAUGAUUCAACCUCACUAAUUAAGGCAUAUUUUGAUGUGGGAUGUGGAAGCUUCAUUACUGAAAGGGCCACAAGACACAGAGGAGAUGCUUAUAGGGCAAAUAAGCUUCUUAGAGGACUCUCUCAUGUGAAAAACCUAGCAUUAACUCCUUACACUCUUAAGGUUCUCACAUAUGCAGAAGAAUUCAUUGCAUGUUUGCCUGUGUUUCCAAAUUUGAUCCAUCUUGAAUUUCAUGCGGAGCCAAUGGAUUUUGCUUGUGGGACACUGUUGAGAUUACUCCAAAACUUGCCUUGUCUUAGUUCUCUUGCUUUUGCAGAGGGAAUCUGCCUUUCCACUUAUUGUGAAAAAACUGAUUGGAGACUGGCUCCAGUUCCUCCUUGUUUCACUACAAGACUCAAGACCAUCAAAAUAUGUAAUUUUUGUGGAACUGAAGGAGAACUACAUGUAGUAAAGAAUUUGCUGAAAGAUGCUACAACAUUGGAGAAAAUGGUAAUAUCUUGUUCUCUUGUAAAGUUCUCAGUGGGCUCAGGGAGGCAAAAGGAGGUUCGUGAACAGUUACUAAUGCUUCCCAGAGGAUCAAUAAGUUGUGUAAUUGAAAUUUCAUGAGUAUUUCCUAGGUUUGUUCCGAUCAAGACUGUCUAUUCCUGGGCCUUUUAUCCCAAAUUCUCUUGGUACAUG